ACUAGGACGCGUUUCUCAUUUCCUUUUCUUUCUUUCGAGACACGAUGAGCAACACUCUUGCGACGGCCGUUGAUUUUUCCAAAACUUCCUUGUAUAUUUCUCUUGCGUCGAUUGCGUUCAAUCCUACCGCAUGGAACAUCGUCGCUCGUAAUGAAUAUCACAAUAAGACGUUAACGCGUCUGUUUGGAAGCCCUCGUACGGGAUGCUAUUUCCUCGCGCUGUCCAUCUUCGGCUUCGGUAUCCUUCGGGACUCACUCUACCACCAAGCCCUAAUGGACCAACCCCAAUCCCCCAUCCUCCCGGAACCAUUCAACACCAUCGUCCCGGCCAUCCUCUUUCUGGCCGGCCAAACCCUCGUCAUUACCUCCACCUGGGCCCUCGGAAUCACCGGCACCUUCCUCGGAGACUACUUCGGUAUCCUCAUGGAUCAUCGCGUCGAAGGCUUUCCUUUCAAUGUGUUGAGGGACCCGAUGUAUGUGGGGAGCACGAUGUGCUUCGCGGCGACUGCGUUGUGGUAUGAGAGGCCUGCUGGAUUAUUGGUCACCGCAUAUGUUUACGUGGUAUAUUUGUUGGCGUUGAAGUACGAGGGGCCCUGGACGGACAUGAUCUACGCGUCCCGCUCCUCAGCCGAAACAAAGGCCAACGGCUCCUCUACCGCCUCGAAGAAAGAGCUCUAAUGAUCUUCUCUUCGUCCUUUCAAUCCCGUCUUGGCCACACUCUCCCAUCCACUCUCUCUAUGAUCGUACGAACCCCACACGACGAUACACGGCUCUCAACAGUCGAUGACGUUACGCUUUCCUCUUGGUUGGACGGUUGAACGGACAAAAGUAACACAGUACUCUAGCACCACAUUAUAUUUCAACAAUAGGAUCCUCGAUAGAGUCGCAUUUCCCC